AUUUUCUGCUCAGGGAAGCGGCGGCGCCAGAUUGAAGAGGGAGUGUUUAAGGCGCAGGCGGCUUUGCUUUGGGGGAUAUUAAUAGCCGCCCAUACCGAGCAGUGAUCCGAUCCCUUCUGCUUUACGCUAGUCCCCUCCCACAGCGACAGUCCAUUCAAUCCCCGUUUCUGCCCCGGCCGCUGCUCUCCGUCUUCAGCUUCUCGGGGAGGAGAAUCUCCAGUCUUCCCGGUCAUGGCGGUGCUGGAUCUGGCCCUGCAGGGACUCGCCAUCUUCGGUUGUAUCUUAUUUUUCGUCCUGUGGUUCAUGCAUUUCUUGUCCAUCGUCUACACAAGGCUACACCUGAACAAGAAGGUAUCUGACAAGCAGCCGUAUAGCAAACUACCUGGUGUUUCACUUCUUAAACCACUGAAAGGGGUCGACUCCAACCUUAUCAAUAACCUGGAGACAUUUUUUGAAUUGGACUAUCCAAAAUUUGAAAUCCUCCUUUGUGUGCAAGAUCUUGAUGAUCCAGCAGUGGAUGUAUGUAAAAAACUGCUUGGCAAAUAUCCCAGUGUAGAUGCCAAAUUAUUUAUAGGUGGUAAAAAAGUUGGGAUUAAUCCAAAGAUAAACAACCUGAUGCCAGGAUAUGAAGUGGCCAAAUAUGAUCUCAUAUGGAUUUGUGAUAGUGGGAUAAAAGUGAAACCAGACACAUUAACAGACAUGGCCAAUCAAAUGACAGAGAAAGUUGGCUUGGUUCAUGGACUUCCAUAUGUGGCUGAUCGGCAAGGAUUUGCUGCUACUUUAGAACAGGUUUACUUUGGGACUUCCCAUCCAAGAUCUUACAUCUCUGCCAAUGUAACGGGUAUCAAGUGUGUAACAGGAAUGUCUUGUCUAAUGAGAAAAGAAGUUUUGGACCAAGCUGGGGGAUUAAUCGCCUUUGCACAGUAUAUAGCUGAAGAUUACUUUAUGGCUAAAGCAAUAGCUGACCGCGGUUGGAAAUUUUCCAUGGCAACACAAGUUGCAAUGCAGAACUCCGGGUGUUACUCUAUAUCCCAGUUUCAAUCCAGAAUGAUCAGGUGGGCAAAGCUACGGAUUAACAUGCUGCCUGCAACAAUCAUUUGUGAGCCCAUUUCUGAAUGCUUUGUUGCCAGUUUAAUAAUUGGUUGGGCAGCACAUCACAUCUUUCGAUGGGACAUUAUGGUGUUUUUCAUGUGUCAUUGUUUGGCUUGGUUCAUAUUUGACUACAUUCAACUUAGAGGAGUUCAGGGAGGUCCUCUUAACUUUUCCAAACUGGACUAUGCAGUUGCCUGGUUCAUCCGGGAAUCUAUGACAAUAUAUAUCUUUCUGUCUGCCUUGUGGGAUCCCACCAUCAGCUGGAGGACAGGCCGCUACCGAUUACGGUGUGGUGGUACAGCAGAAGAAAUCCUAGACGUAUAGCUGUGGACUGUACAUAACAAAACAAAGGAAAAACUUAAAAUUUAAAAAAAAGUAUUAUAAAUUAUGUUUAUACAAAUGCUUUUAAAGAGAAGAAACUACCUUUUGAAUAGUUUUAUUACAUGUAUGUUUUGCUAUCUGAUCUUUAUUUAUUUUGCAUGGCACUUGCAUCUGUGAAGAAGUAUGUUUAGUAAUCUGGGCUAAAAUGGACAGUACAUUUUUUUGUGUGUGUGUGUGUGUAAAAUGGGAGAGAACCAUAAGUCAUUAUAAAUACUUUGCAUUCCCACCCAGAGGAAUGGGUAAGGAGACGCAACUUGUGGAUUUUUGGCUAUUCCCAAACCACAUCUUUUAAUGCACUCAAAUAAUUGACCUAACUGUGAAUAUUCAGUGUUACAGUUCAGUCAACAGAGUACCGGUAUUUGGCUAUCCCUGUAAUAAAGGUUCCCUGCAAUUUAUGGUAGGCAGCCUUCUUUCCAGAUGAAAAAUAGAUCACAUUCACCUUGAAGGACAAUAUUUGUACCUUGAACACCGGUUGUGAAAUAUUCCUGCAUAUUUAUUUAUUUACAAACAAAAACUGGAUAUCAUAUACCUUGUCUAGCUACCUCACACAGUUAUUAGACACGAGGCAAAUAAAAAGGAAAUCUCUAUAUGUGUGAUUGUAUAAAUUAAAGCCAGGAUGUUUAGGCUGCAGCCUUCCAGCUGUUCCAGAAUUAACUCUCCCAUCAUUCUGUGCCAGUGACUAACUGACGGUAAUGGGGAUUGCAGCUCAUUAACUAUGAAGGUCCUUGGUUUUGCCAUCCGUCGUGUUUUCUUUCUAUGGUGGAAAACUAUUGUUGGUUUACAGUGUGCGACCUUCGUUAAUUGGGUUUUGCUAGGAUUCUUCUUGCUGAUCACUGUUCUGUAUAUGGCUUCUUGCUAGCUUUCCUCCUGGUGAGGUGAUUUUUGGUUCAACAAAAAUUACACUUGUUCUCUUUUUUUGUUUUCUCUUUCUACAUAAAAUGAAACACAAUUUACAUGCCAUUUGACACAAACUAUUUUCUUACUCCACACCGUAUUGUUAAUAAGAGUAAUUUUGUGACACACGUAUUUAAUAUCUUUUUAAUGCAUGUAUACUAUUCAAAAUGAAAAAAACAAACAAAAAAAAUCAGUAAAUAUUGUAAAUAGUAUAUAUAUUUAAAUAUAUAAAGAAGUUUGCGUUUGAUAAAAAAAAAAUCGAAGGAGCUGUACACAGUCUUAAUUUAUUAGCUAUCAAACAAAAAAAGGGUACUGGUGGGUUACCCUACACCACAUUUAUCUAGUUGUGUUUAAUUCUUUUUUUUAAAAUUCAUACCGAAAGAGCAAGAUGUAAAUGCAUGCUGUACAUUUUUUCCUGCUGCGGUAAGGAAUUUGUAAUUGUUGUUUUUUUUUUGUAUCUAUUUUGUCUGGUUUCCCUUGAAGAUGUGGUGAGCUGGAGCAAUUUUGUUGAUGUGCACGUACUGUAAAGAAACGAGCAGGAAAUGCAGAAGCCUUUAAUAUGUAUAUAAGUCUUGAAUAUAUUUACCCGCUCUUGCAUUAAUUUGCUGGCUAGCCUCGUUGACAUGGUCAUGCUUGCUUGAACAUCUCAGAAGAUGUUACUAUUUGAUCUUUAAACUGUGGCUGUCAAACCAUUGCUGAGCUACAACUCUCAGCGUCCCAUUGUCUCCUGGGAUUUGUUGUUCAGUCGUAGAGCUGUCAGUUGAAGAUCACCGCUUUAGAUCUGGCCAGAGAACUUCAUCAGUGUUCUUAUAAGCAAUAACUACCUUUUCAAAUUGACUGGGCAAUUAUUUUAACCUUGACUGAGCCAAUAGAUGUAAUUGCCCCAAUAGUCUCUGGCCAAAGCAAAAGCAUUGUGGCUAGCUUGAUAAUAAUAUGCCUUAUGACAUCAGAUGUUUUGUUUGAAGGGCAUUUAUAUUCUGCAUGGGUGGGUGAGGCUUUGAUUGCAUGUUUUGCAUUCUUUACGUGAAUCGGGGGAAACUCUUCCUUGAGGAAAUGUCACAUUGCAAGCCAGUCUAGUUGUGAUCCACACAAGCUCUCCAUAAAGCGCAUCUGACGUUUGCUAAUGGAUGUUUGUAUAUAUUUUUGUUUCUCGUGUUAAGUGAAGUUUGCUGCCUUCCGCUAUAUGGCAGAGAUGACAGUGACAUGUACAGUACCUUAGUUAUAGAAUGGUGUAUAAUCGGAACGAAGGAAAGGCUGGACAGACCAGUUUUUUUAUGUUUUCUGGAUGAUGAUUUGCACUUCUUGUACAAAUGUUUAUUAAAGGGAAAUAUACACCCCUUUUUUUAACAUGAACUAAAUUAAAAAUAUAUAUACAGUGCAUAAGACCUAUCUUUGAUAAUUGAAAUGAUUAAGUAGCUAUUUUGUUAGAGUUCUACAUGAUUCACCCAGUCCAAAUUGUUGAGGAUUAACCAUUUAUAUACCCAACAGCAGGCACAUAUAUAGACUUAAGCCAGCUAUUCAUGUUUCUUUGAAUUUUUUAACUCCUACCCUUUAUGUGCCCAUUUUUCCCCUGCUUCUGUUGCCCAUACCAAUGUCUUUGCCUUUGACUGCAUUAACAGAGCAAAAAGCUGCUAAUUGUUUCUAGGCAGGGGUUGCAAGCAGCCUAGAAAUGGCUACAACAACCAUAAUUGCCUUCUUGGGUUGGGAAUAAUUUGCAGAAAAAAAUGGGCAAACCAACAUGGAUUUAUGUUAUGAGAUGACCGGGAUAUCUGUAGCUAAAUACUCAAUCAUAGCAUUUAUCACAGUGUGGGCUUAUACACCCUAUUAACAUGAGAUCAAUUUACUAUAAUUUUAUAAAAAAAAAAAAAAGGUGUAUACUUCACCUUUAAAGAAAGGUUAAGUUUCGCUGAAGCGCAUGGCUGAAUUACAUCAAUUGUUUCCUUGGAAAUGUUGGCUUCAGUAUUCUAGAGGGCAUAACAAGUAGAAUCUUUUGAAUUCCAAAUACUGUUUAUUUAAAGUGGUCUUAAAUUACAUGCAAAAAAGAAAAUGUCUAGGAUAUUCAUUGUUUAUUUCAUAAUUGUCAUUUUGAGUUUGUUCUAAAAAAAAAAAAA